AUAAGCUGGGUAAGGUGCUUUCCGGCCACCCGUACUUUCCGGCCACCCAACCACUUCGCGUCACCAUUAAUCAACGUCUUUUUUUCCCACCACCACGUGCUCAAAAUGGAUGCCGUGAGACUGCUGUACAAUUUGCUAUCGCUGAUCUUAUUUCUGGUGUUGAAAAAAGCCAGCGCGCAGCGUGUAAGAAGUGGGGCGUUCCCCGAUCGUCGCUCCAAGAGCGCCUCAAUGGCAGCUAGCGAGGACUCUGUAUUCCAUAUAUCCUUAUACUGUAUACCCAGCUCGAUUCUGUCCUUGCCGUCUCAAUCGUUCAGCCAACUAUAGAGGUAACCUGCGGGUUGCGGGCGAUAAAAUGGGGUACCUAUAGUUGACCAAGCAGAGUGUGGUCUCUAUUCAUCUGUCGCAGCAGAUAUCAUGCCUAUUUACCAGCCAAUUCAGGGGUGCAAAUGUAUGUACAUUUUGCCUCUAUUUUGGCUGCAACAUCAUCUAAAGUAUUUGGGAGGCCAUUUCUCGUACCCGUGGAUGGGAUAGGGGCUAAGCACGUUUAUCCUCUUCAAUAAUCCACUCAACUAAGAAGCGCUCUUGCUCUGUAGUCAAUUGCUGCUGAUUUGAGUGUGCUGACGUGUGAGGUUG